CCGGAAGAUAAAGCAUUCAUCUUCCGGAAGUCGCAGAUUCACUGUAGUUGCCGGAUGAAUGUGUGCGACUUACGUAGAAGAUGACACCAAUUGCAAACUAAAGAAAAUACGGUUGUGUGUCGACACCGCGGUCCAACUGUCAAGAAAGAAGGGCAAAGAGGACUUUCUCUUGGCCGACUUAAGAAAAGUGUUUCUCCUGUUUGUCAAACUACUGGACACGCAACUGUUGAGCGGUUGCCACACAAGCGACCGUGUCGGUGUGUGCGGUUCGGUUCCCUGAGGUGAUAAGUUAAGAAGAUGGAUCAGAACAACAGCAUACCAGCUUUUCAGGGGCUGGCCUCCCCCCAGGGUGCCAUGACACCAGGAACGCCCAUCUUUAGUCCCAUGAUGCCAUAUGGUUCAGGCCUAACACCUCAACCCGUUCAAAACACAAACAGUUUAUCUAUACUGGAGGAACAGCAGCGGCAGCAGCAGCAACAGGCGCAACAAGCACAACAGGCCAAUGCAGGCCUUCCAGGAACAUCGGGGCAGGCUCCUCAGCUCUUCCAUUCCCAGGCAGUCACAGGUUCAACGACCACAGCGCUUCCAGGGAACACCCCCCUGUACAACACUCCACUGACCCCCAUGACCCCCAUCACACCAGCCACACCAGCCUCAGAGAGCUCUGGAAUUGUGCCACAGCUACAAAACAUUGUGUCGACAGUUAAUCUAGGCUGUAAAUUGGACCUGAAGACCAUUGCACUGAGAGCCAGGAACGCAGAGUACAACCCCAAGCGUUUUGCCGCAGUCAUCAUGAGAAUACGAGAACCCCGCACCACAGCUCUUAUUUUUAGCUCUGGGAAAAUGGUCUGCACAGGUGCAAAGAGCGAGGAGCAGUCACGAUUAGCGGCCAGGAAAUAUGCUCGUGUGGUGCAAAAACUCGGCUUUCAAGCCAAAUUUUUGGACUUCAAGAUUCAGAAUAUGGUGGGCAGCUGUGACGUGAAGUUCCCCAUUCGUCUGGAAGGCUUGGUCCUCACGCAUCAACAGUUCAGCAGCUAUGAACCAGAGCUGUUUCCAGGGCUGAUUUAUCGAAUGAUCAAACCCAGAAUCGUCUUGCUCAUAUUUGUUUCCGGGAAGGUGGUAUUAACAGGUGCAAAGGUGAGAGGUGAAAUCUAUGAAGCAUUUGAGAACAUCUACCCCAUCCUGAAAGGUUUCCGCAAGACGACGUAGACCAAUGGCACCUUCUUCCCCGGCCAUGAUUUUAUUUUUCCAAGUCUUUUUAAAUGUCUUCUGACAUGUGAACUGCAAAUUUGAUAGUUGUGCAAGUAUGUGACUUUUUAUUUUGAAUAACUAUUUACAAGUAUAUGUUCAUCUGAUCAUUUCCACAACUAUUUUUAUGACACGUUCACGCUUGUUUUCACUAGUUUUAAAGGUUUUUCAUACCCUUGUACAUAAGUCUGAAAAAAAUGUUGACCGUUUCUUUUUUGUUAAUCUUCAAGCGGUUUUAAAUAGUUUUAUACAUUUUAAAUAAUUUUCUGUUCCAUUAUACAAUGAAGUAGUUUCUUUGGAUUCUUUUUCUGCUUAUGUUUCAGUUGAUGUAUAGUCGCCAGCAGAUGCUGGGUUUGUGUGUGAGAUUUUGGAACAGUCCUAUCAAAUUCAAGGUUUCUGUAUCAAAAUAUUGUCGUUUAAACUUGACAAGUUACAAAUGGUUACAUUGAUUGAUCUUCUGGUGGUUAAGGUGAUGACGCACAGGAACCUUUUCAUUUGGCCUGUAUGCUCACUGUAACAUCUAAAAUCACAAAUUUCUUUGUUGGUCUAUUGAAAGAAACAUGAUAGGCAGCUUCUCAAAUGCUCUCAUACAAUGUUAUACUUUGAAUAGUGUUCCUGCACUUGACAUGAGCACCCGCUCCUGAGAUGUUAGCAGUUUUGUUUUUUCAACAAGACAAAUUUGCUCUCAACACGCUUUGAAAAUAAGUUGAAUGCUUUGAUCUAAAACAAAUGCAGUAUUGAAAUUUGCCCAUGUACAAUAAAUCUGUACAUAGUG